AUGGGCAAAACGUACUACGAAAUCUUGGACGUGGGCCCCGACGCCACGCCUGAGGAAGUCAAGUUGGCGUACAGAGUCAAGCUUCUAUCUACGCAUCCAGACAAGCAGAGCAUGGGCCAGGCAAGGAACGAUAUUUCCAUUGACCUAAUAAAAGAGGCGUAUGAAACGCUCAGUGUUCCUGAAAAGGCCAAGGCGUACUGUGAGGAGCUACAGGAGAGCUUCAAAAAGCAGGGCUUUUCUAUAAAUGGUGCAGGGCUAGAUGUAUAUACGUUGGAGCUCUUCUGGGAGUCUAUGGUGGGCCAGAGCUUGUCCUCGGUGUACAUCGGAGCAUGCAAUGCGGCUUACUGA